AGCAGAUUAAAACAGGUUGCACAUCUCAUUCUAGAGGAAAUCACACACACAUACACACACAACAUUUUGGACUAUGGCUUCCACCACCUCGGGUGAUGUUCUGCCCACAGGCGGCAGGAUUUUUGCCACCGUUCCUGAUGUUUUCUUCAUCCCUGAGUUUGUGUUUGGAGGCUUGGUGUGGAUCCUGGUGGCAUCGACCCGCGUCUUCAUGGACAACCCUCUGGGCUGGGUGAUGUUUGUGUCCGUCUUCUGCUUCGUACUGACCACACUCUGGUUCUUCAUCUUCCUCUGCGGAGCCAAUCAGAGUAGCGUCUGGCCCACCCUGGAUGUGGCUUAUCAUUUUGUGGCUGUGGUUUUCUACCUCAGUGCAUCGGUGGAUCUAGCGUAUAUCACCAUAGUGAUAGGAAGCACCGUGAAUGUAUUGUCCACUGGCGAACUUCUCAAAAUCUACAGACUGGAUAUUGCUGCAGUGGUGAUGUCCUAUGUGGCAACUCUUCUCUACUUCAUCCAUGCCAUCUUCUCUGCCAUCCGAUGGAAGAGGUCCUAAAACAAAACACCAACCAACCAACCAAAAGCUGAGAACAGGACGACCAAAAAGAGAUGAAACCAAAUGACGUUCUGUUUUUUUGUUCUUUUUAUUUUCAUGUCAGCUCAACGAUAAAGAGUACUUGCUUUUGAACCAGCGUUCAUGCACUCAUUCAUUCAAACAUCUAAUGAAUGAAUGAAUGAGUGAAAAACAAGCAGGUUGUUGAUAAAUGUUACCUGUUCAUUGGUCUGGUUGGAGAGGUGGGCCUGUGCGUUAUUACUCCACAAUUUAAUCGUGUCAUAAUCAGAAAGGCAGCAGUUUGCUCAGUAUAUACUCUUUUGAAAUGAACCUGUUCAAGUUAAAGUUAGUUAGUCAGAAAUAAAUGUAGGAAGGCAGAUGGGUGUAAACAACUAAAUAAAACACAGAUCUAAUGACAUAUUCAGGAGUGGCUACUACAGCAUUAUAUUUUAAGAUAAAUUUAUGAGGACAUCCAAAAAAAUUCCUUGCUCUAAACUGCUAAUCCUGGGAGGGCUGUACCAUUCAAAGCCAGAAACCUUGAAUAUCCAAAGGACUUGAUUGAAUAGAAGAAUGACCUUUAUUUCCUGCAUGCUUCCUCCAUGUUUACUAUGAACAAAUGGUAAAUGUAUACAUAUCAAAGGAAACAACUCUUCCUCUUGACCAAAUCUUUUUUUAUUUUCUUUCAAUGCAGUAGCUUUAGUUUAUUGUUUUGAUGUUUCCAUUUCAUUUAUUAUUUGCAUUUUUAUGAGAAAAAAAAUGUCAUCAUGUAAAUAUUUAGAUGAUUUGACUGAAUCUAUGAAUAAAUUAACCAGUCAUUCCAA